UUUUUUUUUUCUUAUUGGAUGCGCUCUCACGGAGCUCCUCGCUCGCGAGCACGAGCUGCUCGCACCAGGUUUUCUGUUCCAAUCUGUUGUGAUGGCUGAAAACAGCAGUUCGAAGCAAGACGACAAAGCUCAUCGCAAUGCUGAGCGUGUUUCCAACGCCGCAGGAGAUGGAAUGCCGUCGAGUGAUGCAGCAUCGCCAGGGAGCCCGCAGAAAGCUUCUCGGGAAGCAUACAUCGCAGCGCUGAACCAGUGGCUAUGGCAGUGCUACCACUGGCAGUGUUUCACUGCGGCACUGCCAUACAUCGCAGCCCAAGCGGCGAGCCAAAACAGAAGCGCAUACGAAACUGUUGACAUCAAUCGAAACCUACCGAGGACUUUUAUCGCAAACCAAAAUUUGGUCGGUGGACAGAGAGUGCAGCGACCAAACGCCCCACCCAGGCUGGGACACGAGUUCAAGCUGCCACCUCUGUGGAAGCGUUUCGCUGCAGAAGUUCUGGACUCCUUCAUCUUGCUGUUUGUAAAGUUGCUGGUGACGUAUAUUGCCGUCGACUUUUUUGACAUCAUAGAUCUUGAUAAGUACGAUUUCGACUUACUCCGUGAGGACACCCUGAACUAUAAGUUGGCCUUGGAGGUUACUUCGGAGAUCGUAGUCCUGGAAGUUAUCCACCGGAUACUUGUCUGCUUCUAUGAGACUAUCUGCCUGCACAAGGGUAUCGACUCCCCAGGUGGACGGACUCCAGGCAAGGGAGUCUUUGGACUGAAGGUCGUCUCAUGUGCUAGCAUAGAAGAGAUUGGCGGGCGCCGCAUCAGAGUAUACCCGGCUGGGGACAUUGGACUAGGCUGGGCUCUGCUACGGUCUUUUGUCAAGAACUUUACGAUGGCGUUCCUUUUUCCUGCCUGCCUGACAAUCUUCUGUUUUCAGCAUGGCCGGGCAGCCUAUGACGUCCUCUGCAACUGCAUUGUCGUCGAGGAGCUGCCUCCUCAGAAUCGUUGAGAUGAUGCACCACCGCAUGCUGCUCACUCGACAAUGAUACACUGCUUGCAGGAAGCGUCUUUGCUAGCACAACACAUUCUGGCCUUUGUUGUUUGCAUAUAGUACAUAUAUAUGUGUGUGUGUAUAUAUAUAUAAAUUAGCGAACAAGAGAAGAAGAAGAUCCCGGUUUAUUUUUACACCCAGAAUGUUGGCUCAUCAUUUGGGAAAGUGUGCUUCACAUAUACAUGCAGCAUAUUAUAUUUUAGCUCACAUUUGUUGGUCAUCAGAUUGGUCAGCAGACUCUUCUCCUAAUUCAAAAGUGCUUUUCCCCACAGCAUACUUUGGAACAACUAAUGGCAGUAAUUGAUCGUAGUGUGAAAUGUGGUGAAGGGACCAACAGUGAUCGAGCAAGGGAGUUGCGACUUGGAGCCAACGUUUUGACAAACGGACUUGUCUCCGUCAUGGCAACAACUGCUUAAAGCUCCUUGGCAGUGUUUAAAUUCCCUUCGGGUGCCAAUUAAUUCUGUUCAUUAAAGACUUCGUUUCACCGCAUUUCUUGCACUUUCCUAAUAGUUCAAAGUGUAGUGAAGCAGAACAGGUUAAACGUAUUCCUUUCUUAGGCGAGUUUGUCAAGUUUGCAGAAUAUGAACUCCAUGUAUAAACUCUAAAAGGAUGUCAACUAUGAGAACAUUGGCCAUUACAUGUCCAGUAAGCUUCUAAAGCAGAUGUCUAGUGACUUGUAUAGUAUGCCUGAUGUAAAAAAAAAUUGUCAGACAACGAAAGAAGUGAACUUGCGACAUGAUUGUAUACUGGCUCCUGAAGCAAAUGCUAGGACCUUCCAUCUCCUUUGACAAAAACGUUAUUAUUAAAUGCACGCAUUGUUUAAAUUUACAGUAGAAGUUCAGUCAGAAGGGUCUCAAGUUGUACAGGCACUUUUUGAAGGUAAUUAUUUUUAUCAUCGCUAUUGCUGUUGGUGUGCAAUUUUGGUGUGCUUGUUUGUGUUCACAGUGCCUAAAGAUGGCAAAGCUCAUUAUCCCCCUCCCCCCCCCCCCCAUCUCCCUACUGGGGUUGGAGGAGUGGGCACAUAAAGUAAGGUGAGGGAAGUUAAAAUGUUGAAAAGGAGUGAUUAGUUGUAGUAACAAAAAGGCGCAGGGGUACGCUGCAAGUUCUUCCAAGAAGUAAACACCACCUCUUCAUUUGGAAGAACUUGCUGGAACCAUACUACUGAAAGCCAUGGCGAAAAAUAACAGAUACACAAAAUUGAUCUGCGCAUGCUCAAGGGAAAGCAGUGCCAGCAUGUAAAUCAUAGACUCGUGUAGGCACUCGCGAAAGGUGCUGUUUAGACAUGACAGUUCUUAUUUGUGCAAGAUAAUCGAGGGCUGAUUUAUGCAUGUGUUACCACUGUUAAUGAUAUGCCAUGGCCAGACAAAAGGCGAAAAUUUUGUCUCUUGCAUCUGAACAGAACUAUAUUGUCUGCAAAUUUUUUUCAAGUGUGCUUCACACUCUCGACAGUGCAAUGAAAGGUGUAGACGCCAUUUGUGUUGUCCUCCUUCCUGCUUGUGUCCAUGUUUUCAUACCUGCCUUUCAGUAGCAUGAAUUCCUACCAGCUCACUCGACUUUCAGUCAUUAUAAUUUGCACAAGUGGAGAGUGAGCUAUACAAACGUUGCCAAGGAAAGUAGCAGUUGCCCUGAUGACAACUCUCCUUGUUGAAAUAUUGGCUCCAGGCUAAGGCCUCCCUCAUUCAACCGCUGUUGGUCGCAUCAAAUCUACAAUCGCCCUGUGAAAAACCCAAGAUCAAGCAAGACGAAGCUGAAGUGGAAACGCACUGCAAGAUACUCCUUUGCUGUUCCACAUGAUUUCGUUGCUGGAGACGCGUUGGUUAUCUUGCCUCUAAAGCACCCCAUCAAUGUGCAUAACUGCUCAUCUGAAAUGUCUCUAUGCCACCAUUUGCUUGGCAAAGUGCCUUGAGGGAAGGCUGGCCUAAGAAUUACGAAAAGGGUCUGUAGUGUACGCUAGCUGUAAAAAAGAUAUUGUGACCGACUUCCAGAGUAAAGCAUAUUUAUCAAAGUGGCCGGCUCAUUAUUGCGAGCUGCCGGCCGUCUUGCUUGUGGCGAGUUGAGAUCCGUUGCAACUAUUUUAGUCAUUAGAGCUGCCCCACGAGAUGUGUAGAAACGCGUGCAUCCCACCAAGAACAAUAGCUCACUAGUGUAUGCAUCUACCAUUUCUCUUGACUCUCCAAAGUGCCAUGCAGCUGCCUAUCGCAAAGUAGGCCACAAGCAUUGCUCACAGAAAUGUUUCCUUAGAUUAGCUGGAAACCUCUCACAGACGUUGCAGAAAGCAGCUAUUGUUACCAAAAGCGCCCUCUUUUCUGCUUGUAUAUUGUGUAGCAGAUGACUAUUUUCAUCAAGAGUUUUCAGUCAAGCUAACUAAAGGCAUUCACUUAGCGUUGUUAGUGGACUCGUUAGUGCUUACUGUUGUACAUUGUCAUACUGUAACAUGUCUGUAGGGCCGGACUUUGCUUUAAAUGGUGUGUGUGUGUAUGGCAUUGAUAUUGUAACAGUGUUGGUUGUUUGCUGCAAACAUUUCUCCCUCCACUCUGACUGCCUUGGAAGUUUUAUGGUUGUGCAAUGUUGCAGCAUCCUCUGCAGAAAUAAAUUCUGUGAACCAAAUUGUGAUAGCUCUAGCUGCAAUUUCUUUUUAACCUCAUGUUCACUCAUGUGCCAUAGUACCGGCCAUUCUGUGUAGAGAUACAUGUGAAUACCACAUUUCUGCGUAGAUAAACCACAGCAAAUGUGCUUUGUGUUGCCAUUUUGCCAUGACUAAACAGUAGACCGCUGUGAAGUCAUCGAUGGCCAGACACAUAAAGCAACAUUAUUUCUUGUAGUACUUUGAUUUGUGAAGACGAUUCUCCUUGGUCAGGCUUAUACACACACAGCCUUGUUGAGCUGGUCAUUAUAUUGGCAAAUAUAUUUAAAACUGCUUUUCUCGGAAAUGUAAGUGAUGCUAGUGUUAGGCAUGGGUAGGUUAUGCACGUGAAAAUGCAAGUAUUCCCCAGGGCUUUAGGCAUUUUUCUUGUUCUAUGCGACAUGCUGCCUCCAAGCACAGACAGGGAAUUCCUGGGAAGGGAAAUUUCCCGAAAUUGCACAUGACAGCUUUGGGAGCUUUUGCCAUCAACUUUGUGAAGGAAUAAUGGGAGAGUUGCCUGAACUCAUGUUCAAUGUCUGAACGAACAGUCUUAUUCAAAUAUGGCUACUCUUCCGGUACCCAACCAAUAUGGCUACCAUCUUCAGCAUGGCUAUCCAGCCAGUGCAUGGCAGUUUCAUGUUCUUGAGCUAUCUCGGGAAAGGUAGAGAGCAGAAGGUAGGUGAACAGAAGUUGUGGCAUGUUCCACUCGAGUACUCUGAGGAGUGUGCAAAGGCACCCAAAUGAGUUUGUCCUGGCAUGGUGCAUGGUGCAUGGCAAGGCUUAUCUUUUGCUAGCAGCCCAAUUUCACAUUCAACUAACUAUAAUAAAAGUGAUUUAUUAACAAAGCAACACACGUCCUUGCUUAACACCAUUCUACUUGCGGUGUAGAGAAAGCUUUGCAUGAAGCAGUGUGUGCCUUGUGACUAGAGGCAGGAAAUUUUAUUGUCUGCAUGGAAAUUUUCUGUUCGCUCUAUUAUUGCAAAUGCCAGCAUUGACAACAAGCGGUUCUGAUGAUGUGUAUGUUUUUAAAAUUUUUCACGGAUUAAACUGUGCAAUUUUUCUGUGCAAAGGUCUUGGUUCUUUGAGAAAAAUUUAUUUUGGCUCGGCUAAUUUUUAUUGCCAUGCUAUAUUCUGGCAUGGCAAGAAAUUAUUGUAAAUGAUAGAUCUAGUUACCCAAUAUUUACUUAUUGGUGUGCAAAUGUCUUUUCUGUGCUUACGUUGUUGCCACCAGCACACUGUAUCAUGACAUGAAAUAACUGCAAAGUUACAUCACUUGCCCAAAAUUUGUUUUCUGGCCUGACAUUGCUGGUAGUAUGUUUGCAGAGCUCAAAUUUAUGUUUGCGGGAAUAAGUUCUAUGUUUACUACCUGGCAUAGUACUGUGUAAUGAGAUGUAUUGGCAUAAAAAGCACAUUUGUUACUAAGAAGUAUGUCACAGCUUGCUCACUAAAUGGCCACAAGGAAUUAUGCUAAGACAUCACAGAGAGCUUUUUAUUGAUCCAAAUAGUUUUUGUGUAGCACAGAUGACACGAGGAAAAGUCCUGUUAAGAUAAGUUUAUUUGACAUGUUCUCGUGCUGCCUGCACUCUACAAUUACAGCUCAGAGGAAACUAGCCAAUAACAAGCACUCUGUAGGUAAUGGGAGACACCGUGGACCUUAUGCGGUGUGGCAAGUCAAGGCUUUUAGUUUAUGUGGCGCUUAGUUGGCCAUGGUGGCGUUCACAUGGACCAGCCUUGGUGCUCCAUUCGAGGUUGUUUAGCUGCAGUGGCGUGUCAAUUGUGAUGGCAACAUUUCGCUCUGGAUGGCCAUAUGCACUUGCUUGCAGUGAGCUGUUUUGAAAGUACGACUGUCACUACACUGCGAAAAUUGUGUCAGCUGACAACAGAGGUGCUUGGCACCUCUGAAGAUGUUUCCCAGUACUAAAAUAAUUGUAAAGGAAAGUGGAGGCGUUAGUACAUUUGCAGUUCACUGAAUGUUUCAGAUUCUGUGCAAAGCCUUGUAUCAUAACUUGCUCAAUCUCCUGCACUGUGGUACCUUUGUUUACAUAUAAAUAUUUUAUCCACAGUUCACUUCAACAUAGAAAAUCUGAUGACUAUAAAAGCAUAUAAUGUAAAUGUCUAAUGUAGUGUCAGUAAAGCUUCAGCUCUAAUGCAUCAAUGUGAGAGCAUAUAGCAAUGCAUUUUAUGGUUUUGAUUCCUACAGUUUCAACUAAGAUUUAAAAAAAAAAGCACAGACACGCUAUAAGUUUUGUUAUAGGUGCUCUGAAUUCCAAGUCCUACAUCAAUCCCCGAGAUUGCUGUCAUUGCUGCACAUUCUUUGGUGUGUAUCUCCUUUCCUCAUCAUUACAUGUUAUGCCGGGUCCUACAGAGUGCAUGCGACACCCGCAAUGCUGUAUUUAUUGUGACACCCACAAAGCUAUUAAUUUUGUUGAUGUGCUUGCAAACAUCCUCUUUAAGAAAAUAUACUAUCGAAGAUUUUCUUCUUCCACGAUGUAACAAAGUCGGCGUGAGAGAAUGGAUGAAAGACUGCUGGAGAUUCAAGUGUACCAUGUUGUGUGUGCCUAAUGGCCCUCUUGGUAGCAGUCCAACAAUUUUGUCAACUUUCUUCAAUCACAGACACAAGUCAGAUACUCCGUGAACUUUAUUUUUCACAGCACACUCGUGGAAACAUGCACAGUGCGUGAGAUUGCUUAUUGCUUGAGAGAAAAAGUAAUCGCAGUUGUGCGAAGACAGCAAUGCACAUGUUACAUGUUAACACAGACCUGUCACUUUCAUAGCAAGUAUGCUUUGAUGUGGAGUGGAGUUUACCAACUUUUGAAUUGAGAACUGGAAAUGUGGGAACUUCUACUGUAUGUAACACAUUUUUUUUACAAAAAAGAAAGUAUCAUACAUACGCAUGCAUUUCUGUGCCCUGUUCUUUGUCUGAAAACUUGCAUGUUAUCUGGAAUAAAAAAAAAAGUGCUAUGGUUGUGAACAAAAUGUGUAGCCUUUCGAGAACCGAGGAGGUCAUUGAGCAACAGUUAUAUCUGUGGAAUACUGAAGUAUCCAUGAAUGAUAUGCUUGUCAAUAUGUUGCUGCUUUCUUUUACACAUGCACUGACUCUUCAAAGUGUGCACAUGUGUAAAAGUACGUAACUUCAAAAGUUCGAAGCCACCACACAUUUAACACUGUUGCAUUCUUGCUACCAUGCUUGUUUAUAGAGAUGUUCAAGCAUUUGCAGCAUUUAUUUUGGAAGCGUUUAUAUACAUUUUGAAACAGAAGCACUCGCUACACAUCAAGUGCUUUUCAUGUUUGUUUAUCUUGAUUUGGAGUAACUUGUGCCUAUGUCAUGGAAUGCCAUAUCUGGAUGUGACUAUGGUAUGAAACUAGAGUAUGAAAUGCAAAUUCGGUCAGCUUUACUGUUGCUGUUAUACGCACAUAAGAUACCACAAAAUGUUGGCAAGUAUUACGACUUGGCAAAUCUAUACAUGUCACCAAGCAGCACUUAUGAUGGAAGAAGCAGCUUGUUUGCUUAGCCGCUACAUGUCCACAUGACCAAAAACAUUCAUCUGAGCUGUAAAAAGAUGUGUCAGCUCCUCAGUGAUGCAAAGUUCUUAAUAUUAUUAUUUUGUCCUUAUUGUGUUGUAGGCUCUUGGACCAUGAAUCAUUAUCGUAAUCCCUAGACAUGCUGUACAAUGUGUGAGACAUCUUCCUUUUCUGUCAUUCAGCAUAUAUGAAUUUACAGCAGCAUUACAAGACAAGCAUGGUAACACAAGUUGAGAGGAACAAAAAUAAGAGCACUAAUUGAAGACACCCUUACAGCACCAUCAUUAGCUGUUGCUGCUGAUGGUGGUAAUGUCAGUGCUUUUUGAGAAGUCGCGGAGUAACACGACGCUGGUGAUGUAGAAACAUAGAAAAAUUUAUGAGAAACUUGAAGACGUUUCCUAGCGACAAUGUACCAUUUCUUUAGCAACAGUGUAAAUCUGCAAUCUUGGAUUAGACUAAGCCACCUUCAGCUGCGUGAAUGUAUCCACCGUUUGGUAACUGAUGGCUCAACAAGUGUUUCUUUUGUAACAGGCACUUUCAUUAAUAUAAUCUUGGCUGUCUUCCACUAACAUCUUUUGAGAUUCAAUCAUUGCAGCAUGUUAAACAAGUCCCUCAUCUAAACAUGUUUUUGUGGUAUUAUGUUAAUUGUGUUUGCAUGAAGACAAAAAAUAAGAGUGGUGAGCUGCGUGUGGCAAAAUGUGACCUACUCCCUGAUACAGGCCCACUUUCUUUGUGUUUGUCAUCUUUGAUUUGAAAUAAUAUCUAUUUACUGUAGAAGGCAUACAUCAUGAUAACUGCCCCAAAGCAUUUUGAAGACAGCUUCAUUCUAACAAAAAAAAUUAAGACAAAAGGCAAAAUUUUUGUUGUGCAUCAACAAACAAGAAACACUAUGUUACAUACGAUUUUGCAAUUUCCUUUCACACCUAAAUAAAACUUAUUUGAUUAGCCACAUAACCUAGAAGUGCAAGUUCACGCACGCUCUGUGUACAUAUUAGUAGCCUAUCACAACAUUGUGUUAUUGCACUAUCACAGAACAUGCAAAAUAAGGUACGCAGCAACUGUCGACACUACAGUUGGGUAAAGGUAACAGAAACAAAAGCAAAACAAAAUGAGCUGUGUGGUGAUGAAUGAAUGUUUUUCUGUUCCGAGCUCUGUUUGUGACCUGAGCAAAAUGACAAAGCAUUGCAACCCACUCGUACACAUAUACAGCAUCAUAUGUACAGCUUAAAAUUUUGGAGAUCCAGGUCCUUGUCCAUACUCCAGUCGGGCUGGAAGUGUUCGAAGGGCAUUUCCAAUUCUGUAACAAUAAGAGGGAUUCGAUGUAUCACAUUGGGCAUGCGUGUUGAAUGCUGGCACUUCUGCAUAGUUCUCGUUGUCUGCAAAGUUCUGUUUCUUGUUAAGAAGUUGCAGAUGCCUCAAUCUGCAUGUAACCUACCAAUGGACCAGACUAAUAAAGAAUAAUAAAGAAAAUGAAAUGAC